ACUAUGAAACACAGGGCUUGUAUUUGCUGAUCGCCAAUAUCCAAAAAAUUGAAUGAUUUUUUCAACAAAGUAAAUGUUGUAUUGUACAACUUAAGAUCAAGCUAGUCGGUAUAUAUACGACGUGGAUUAAAUAAAUGUUUGACAACAUUUCAUUCGGGGAUAAUAGCGAAUUUCUUUAAAGAAAACGUCGAUUCUAUCUAUCUUAACAGUAAAUACUAACAGUGUAUUUUGGCAUUUAAACAAGUUUAAUUUGCUUAAAGAGAAUUGUGUCAAAUAUUGUUGACAACUGAAGGACUUGGACAAUACUUGUUAAAAUUGGAUUUUGUUUUAUGUUAAUAAGUAGAAGAUUCGCGAAGAUAAAACAGGCAUAAACUCAGAUUCGUCAUACCUCACAGAUCGUCAAAUAUGGCGCUGCCUAGGACGCCAUAUUACUUAUUAGAAACCAGUUAUGGAGAAAGCAACAAGGAAGCCUGUGGACAGACAGGCGACAUUUGACACUGAUCCACAUCGUGCAAAUCUUGCCCAAGGUAAUCUUAAGUUACCUGUCAUAGAAGCUCAAGAACUGGAGAAAAGAAAAUCUGCAUUGAAAGAGAACAGGAACAAGCAGACGAAAAUAUCAAACAAUUCACCAACUGAACAUAAAGAAAAGAAUUCACUGAAUAAUUCAAAGACAGGAACGACCGAAAAGGACACAAAAACGACUGUACAAACUGUUAAAAUUAGUGAAACAGACAGGAAAUCAAAUAUCUUAUCAAAUAUCAAUAAGAAAGUAGUUACAGGUGCUGAUAAAGAAUCAAAGGAAGUGCGAAAUUCGAAAGACGCUUCGCCUAAGUCUACAGAUGAAUUAAGUAAGAAUUCGCGUAAAACUAACGGGAUAAUAAAGACUGAUAGAAGUGUUGUUGCGCAUUCCGAGCAAAAACCUAGUGUCGGUAUAAAAACAAAUGUAACUGGUAAAUCUAACACUCAAAACAAAGUAAAUGAAACAAAAACUGCGACAGGGAAUUUGAAUUCCGAAGCUAGUCAGAAAACAAAUAACAGUAACAAUAAAUUGACACAACAGGCAAAUAAAAAUGUUAAGGAAUCCGUAACCGAAAGUAAAUCUAAAAUUAUUGAGAGUCGUUCAAGAAGCCCAGAAAAACAACCUUCAAAAGCUACUGUCCUAAAGGAUUUAAAUCGCAAAAGGAGUGUAAGUCCUGCAAAAGGCAGGAACGCCAGUCCUUCAAAGGAAUCAAGAUCGACGAACGUUGAAGAAAAUUCAAAAACCAAACACCAGACCACGACUACAGUGUUAAACAAAUCGCCUCAAAAUAAGACAUUAAAUGUUAAUGAUCAAAAUCAAAAACAGUCUCCUAGAAAGCAAGACAACGCAAGUAAAAGUAAGGUCGUGUACCGUCCAAAAGAAAAUAAUAGCACUACUGAUAAAACAACAAAUAAGCAAAAUGAUUUAAGUGCUGUCAAAGAAACGAACGACACAAAAAGCACGUCUAAAAGUACACUACCGUCUAACAACGCUCCUGUUGAGACAAAAUUGAUUGACAGUGGUAAAAUUGAGAAGAAAAGUAGUAAGGUCAGUCCAAGAACAAAACUUCAAAACGGAAAGCAACCAACGUCUGUUGACCCGAAUACAAAACAAAACGACAUUAAACACGAGAGAAAUGAGGAUGCACAACAUAACCAAAACAACACAGCUGUUGAUGUACCUACAUCAAAUAAUACAGUAAGAACAGUUACUCCGCAUUUAAAUAACUCGCAUAUUAACGGCAAUCAAAGUGAAGUGCAAAAAGAUCAGAAUACAGAACAGAAUCAGACUGGUAGAAAUUCUGAAAAGCUUUCCACAGAUUCAAAUGAACAAACUGUGGAUAAAGAAAGAAAUCGAACUGAAAGGGUUCUGAACGCGAGUGUUCAAAGUAAAAACGAAACAUAUGUUUUAUCCCCGUCUCCUACUAAGUUAGAUUCACGAUCACAAAGAGGCAAUAAAGUGUCAAGACCAGGUCGCCUUAGUCCAUCAAAUGAAUCAGUCGAACCCAUAAAGCUAGAACAGAGACCGGCGCCGGAGAGACCAGGUAUGGAUGUUGAUAGAAAGGAAUCGUAUGCACAAGUGUAUGCUGAACGCAAUACUCUGCUCAAUGCCGAGUAUACAUAUAGAAAACGCAUAAAACAGCUCGAAGAGGAAGCAAAUGGUUUUCUUAAAGCAAUAGACGAAUUAACAACAGAAAAUAGAUACUUACGAAGUCGCGUUGACUCACUAGAGGAUGAAUUACGAGGUAAAGGAGAUUUAAAUGCAGUUGAUAAGAUCUCAGAGUUAGAAAAGGACAAAAGUGAACUAAAAAACAAAAUUAAACAGUUAGAAAAGUCUACCCGAUCAAACGAAAAUACAGAUGAAUUAAGGGAGCUCAAGGAGCAAAUUGUGAAAUUGCAAAGUGAAAAUCAGACUAUAAAUGAAGAAAACAUAAAGCUAAAAUCAGAAAAUUAUGAAAAUACGAAGAAGUUACAUGCGCUAGAAGCAGAGAAGAAAUCUCUAGAAACAAGUGUUACGGACGUGGAAUCGGAAAAACUUGAUAAAAUUCAAGAUUUAAGCAAUGAACAAAAGCAGAUGAGUAAGAGGUUGAACGAACUGAAAAAUAAAAAUCAAGGUUUAGAGAAAAAAGUUGAUACUCUGGAAUAUGAAAAUAAAAUGCUCUCUGAAACAUUAGAUCAGAAAAAGACGGAGCUUGGUGAGCUUCUUAGUGCGAUGAAAGAUGAAAAUAAGUUUGAUGAUGAAAUUAAAGAUCUGAAAAAUGAAAUUUUGAAGCUGAAUAAGGAGAAGAAAGAGUCCGAAUUAUCGAAUAAUAAGGAAAAACGUAUACUUAAUGAAAAGCUUAAAGAUGUUAAAGCGUCAUUAGACACAAAAAGUAGAUAUGCUGAUGAACUGAAAAUCAAACUUGAUCAAGUUGAAUCUGAACAUAAGAAAAUGAAGUCAGAUUUUGAUCCAAUGAAACGGUUAGUGGAUUCCCAAAAGAAAGAAAUAGCUAGGCUCAAAGAAGAAAUUGAAAGACUUAAACAAGAACUUAAAGAAAGUAAGGAAACAUACGCAAACCUUAAAAAUGAAUCUGGGAGUGCAUCAAAGGAACUCAAAGAAACAAAAGACCAGCUGGAGCAGUUUAAUAAAGAAUUGCAGAAGAUAGUUAAUGACAAGGAAAGCCAAAUUAGCAAGCUUAUUAAUCAACUAGACACAAUGAGACAAGAAAGGGAGAAUGAUCGAAAAACAGCCAAAGAAGAGAAAGAACUACUUGCUUCCGAAAUGGAGAAAGUCGAAUCAUACCAAGCUACUACAAAACGACUUGAAACGGAUUUACAACACUUUAGUGAAAAACUCGACGAGUCUAAAUUAAGAGAAAAACAAUUAUCACUGCAGUUGGAAGACAAGAGUUUCGAAGUAUCAAAUUUAGAACAUCAAGUAUUUGAAAUGAAUAUGAAAAUGGAGAAUCACUCGAAGAGAAUGAGUGAGCUCGACCGCGAGAAGCGUGAAAUGGAAAAAGAAAAACGAGAAUGGGAAGUGAAAAAAGAUAAAAUGGACGAUAUUGAAGCAAGCAAUAAACGAUUACUUGAAGAAAAUAAGAGACUCCGGAAUCAGAUAGAAAUGUCAAGUUAUUCGUCUACUUAUCGAGCAUCUGAACGCGGUGCUGAGGAGAAACCGGUGGUGGAGGCAUGGGUAAAUGAUCACGGACAUUCGAAUGCGAUAAACCACGCAAUCUAUGUUCAAAAGGAAAAGGAGAGGGAUCAUAGAAAAAAGAGAGUGCAUCUUGCACAAUCCAGUUUACAGAAAAAGAGAAUACCUUUAAGCAAGUCAAGCCCGGUGAAAGUAUCGAGACAACACAAAACAGAUGAACAUAAAUCAUCGAAUCAGAGUACACACAGAAGUCUAGAAGACUUGAGAAAAGUUGGAGACAGUAAAAGUCCGGAAUCUGAGCACAGUUUACCGGAACUUAGACAAGACGCUCGUUUAACAAUGGGGUACGGCAGCUUAGCUGGAUAUAGACAGAUUCACAAAGAUAGGAUACGGGCUGCACACAAGAGGGUUUAUUAGAUUUAUUAAUAAAGCACUGAUAUAUUCAUGAAUUCAUUUGCAGCAUUAACGUUCUAUGGGACUAAUCUCAUUUAACUACGAUGUGAAAUAUUUCAUAUCUAGUGUUUAAACCUUGGAAUGAGUGUCAAUAUCUUUUAAAGAGAUGUUUAUGACGCAUUGUUUUAAAAUACAAGAAAAUGCCAUCACAAAGUGCUUCUUUUCACACAAUUACUUAUGAUAUAGCGUGCAGGUAACAGGGUACUGAAGCUGGCUGUUUAUUGAUAUCAUAGAGUUACAUAUCAUGUUAGGUACAAUGAAUUUCAAGGUAUCGGUAAGACUAAAUCUUCAUUUCUAGGAUGGUUAAACUGUUUAAAAUGUACUGUAUAUUUGUGUAUCGUAACCUUCAGAUGGAAACAUUACAAAUGGGCGAUACAAUCGAUUUCAAACUUUUCACUUUUUUCCAAAACUAGUCCUUAAGGCUUUCAGUUAAAACACAUGAGUGAUGUUUCGAAACUUAAUAACUGUUUGCAACUUUUAGAUAUGAAACGUUGCAUGAAAAGCUUUAGUGGAAAGUCAAGUUAAAGGUGUUCUUUUCUUGAUGAUUUUGAAUGACUGUCAUGUCGGUUCAAUACUUACUACUGAAGCAGUCUGCAUCAACAUUUACACCAGAUUAACUACCGGCUCGCGGACAUGUGAUAUCUUCAAACAGUAUUGCCUUAAAUUGUGCUCUAUAUUUCAGGGCAUUUACUGAUUGUUUAACUUAUUCAUUUUAUUAUGCAUCCAUUACAAACUAAUUAAAAG